GCACGUUUACCAUCAUAAGCUUCAGGGAUGCUCUUUCGAUAUUUAUAUUUAUACCUUAUGGCAGACACUUUUGAGAGUCACGUCUAGGGUUCUACGAGUCGUUUCGACGAGCAAUCAACUGUUCGAUAGGAAGUAUAGUGACAUUUGGUCUGACACGGAUAUUAUUUUCUUAUUCGCAUGUAACAGCUUCAUUAGGGAACCCACUCUUCUUGAUAAAGGUACAAAUGCAGGCUUACUCCCCUAUACUGCCAGUUGGGACACAACAUCACUGCAAGAACUCGUUUGACGUAUGGAUCACUAUUUUUAGGACAGAUAAGUUUUGGGGUCUAUUACGUGGUGUGGAUGCAGCCAUUCUACGAACAGCUAUGGGAUCUUCGGUUCAGCUUCCUACAUACAAAUGGGCUAAAAAUCAACUUGGCUCGCAUGGAUUAUAUCCUUCAAACAGCAUAUUGACUUACCUCGCUAGUUCGUCCGUGUCUGGAAUUUGCGUGGUGUUUUUACUCUAUCAAGUAGCCAACAACUGUAGUCUGACACCGCGUAGUGCAUUGUCACGCAGCCUGCCGAUACGGCCCCAACCCGAGUAUACAACCAACCAACAACGUGCACACCUGAUGGACGUUUAGCAGGGACACUACAGGAAUCUCAUUGACUGUAUCUGGAAGGUUCGGGUGGUACAAGGAUAUGUAGCGGCAUGCAUACAGCGACAAGUCUUAUUAAAAAUAUCCAUCUAGGUCAACUGCAGUUUCUUCGUGUUGCGCCUCAUACCAUUAUUACCCUUACUGUGAACGAUAUUAUCUUAGGUUUGUAU